UAAGACGCCUCUCUCCUCUUUCUUUCUUUCUCUCCCUGCUGCUUCCUCCUCUCACCGCCACCCCUCGCCAUCGCCUCCCAAAGGAAGGAGACGCUUCGCCUACCCUGCCAAGACCCUAAUUCCCCGCGAAUCGGGGUCGAUCUCGCGCCCUAAACGAUAGAGAUCCCCCCGAUCCGGUUUCCUACGAGUGGUGCGAGAUCCAGUGGUUGUGAUGUGUGAUUCGGUUUGACCUAAUUGUUGCAUUCGAUGGGCUUCAUUUCUACUGGAUUAGAGGAAUUUCGCAUCUUUUUUUACCGAUUUUCUACGGUCCGCAGAUCAUUUUUCGGUUGUUAGAUGAUGAAUCACCAGGUUUCUGCAGGAUUUCAGCUGAUACUAAUUUGUAUAAUCCUCUUUUGUUCGUAGUGCGCGUCGAUUCUUCUACGGCGCUAGUAUGAAUUUUUAGUUAUCACAACACACAGCAUCAAUCUCCUUUACGUGUCUUCGGAGAGAUGGCUUACGAGGGAGAAGAAGAACAGAGCCAGGACUAUUUGUUCAAAAUUGUUCUUAUUGGUGACUCAGCUGUUGGAAAGUCAAAUUUGCUUGCCCGAUUUGCCCGGAAUGAGUUCUAUCCGAACUCCAAAUCCACUAUAGGUGUUGAGUUCCAAACACAGAAAAUGGAUAUUGAUGGGAAAGAAAUUAAAGCUCAGAUAUGGGACACUGCUGGACAAGAGCGUUUCAGAGCCGUUACUUCUGCUUAUUAUCGAGGAGCUGUUGGAGCUCUUCUGGUUUAUGACAUCAGCAGGCGUCAGACUUUUGAGAGCGUUGGGCGAUGGCUUAAUGAACUUCAUACUCAUUCCGACAUGAAUGUAGUUACCAUAUUGGUCGGGAACAAGACCGAUCUCAAGGAUGCACGAGAGGUAACCACCGAAGAAGGGAAAGCCCUAGCUGAAGCCCAGGGCCUCUUCUUCAUGGAAACCUCAGCACUCGACUCCUCCAAUGUCGCGGCCGCCUUUGAAACUGUGGUGAAGGAGAUCUACGGCAUAUUGAGUAGGAAGGUGUUCCAAUCCCAAGAACUAAAGAGAAACGAGUUGUCGUCGUUGAGCAACGGGAAGACGGUAAUCUUACAGGGUGAAACAAAUGAAGCGAACGGCCAGGAUAGGAGAUACGGGUGCUGUUCUUCUUAAAAAGCUUGUAAACUCUCUCUACCUCCCUCCCUCUAUUUUUUUUUUUUUUUUUUUUUUUUUUUUUUUUUUUUUUUGCACCCUCUUUUGGAUCCUCUUUUUUUACUUUAUUGCAUCGCCUUUCGCUCCACUGUAAAGAAACACAUGCCUAAUGUUUUUGACGGUAAAUGUUGAUCUACUAUUUAUUUACUAGUCUAGUCUUGUCGCUCAAUUGAUGAAUUUCUUUCUAGGUUGAGCAACAGGGACUGAUUGUUAUGAUGCUACAACAGUCUUGUUUCUAUAAAACCGAUGGUGUUCUUUCA